GACAACACUCGAAUUCCCUAGAUGCUCCACAUAUAGUACUCGGAACCCCAUGCGCCAGAUAUGAGCAACUACGAAAGGCAUUGCGCCGCAUGUCUUAAGUCCCAUGGCGCAAAAAUUCUACUGCAACAGGAUCCGUCUGGUUUCUGGGCUUGUCCUCGGUGCGGGCUUGUCGAUGAAAGCACUACCUCUGCCAGAGCUCUUGUCGACUUCAACGAACAUGGAAUUCAAGUAGACGAUGAUGUUAGGGAAACCAAGAAUCCCAGAUGGAGUGACUGGAGGGAAGCGAAGUUCGAGGAACACGUCAACGACCUUUUAAAUCUCUAUCUAGGAAUGCCAGAUGUUCGUACUGGCAUCCUUGGGCUUUCAGGGGAGAGUAUUCGUACGACUAGCAGAAAGUGGUUGGACCGUAUUCUCGAAGCGGAGCGAAUGUACUAUCAGCAAAAGCUUGGACAUCGAAAGGCUGGCCCAAAGACUAAAUUCAGGGUUUUGAUAGCGAUCAAGAUGGCUCUGGAUGAAAGUGCUUUAAUUGUCAUCAACAAUAGAUUAAAAUCGGAAGGGUUAAGUAUGAAGACAAGGGAAUUCUCUGGGUCUGCGAGAGGCGAUGAAAGGUUGCCCAUUUUGAGCAUUCCACAAAUUUCUGAAAGAGUCAGUAAAUACCCUGUUGGAAGUUUUGGUCAUAUCGAUCAUGAGAGCUACCUCCUCGUACUCUAUCGCCGCUUCACCCGGCUUUUACGCAAUACCCCUACACCUCUUGAAGCCACUCUCAUGUACACCUCUGAGAUCCUGCAGCGUCUUCGAAACAUCAUGGAUACACCUCAUGCGGAAAGGGGCCCCCUUUUUCUGACCAAGCCUCAGGUAGGAAAGACCCACCGUGAGUGGGGAGAAGAGGAAUUUCAAUUCUUUGAAAACCUGGAUUGGGCGAAAAUUCUUCCCCAGGCCUUCCAUCUAUACCAACUUCAAGAAUGCGUCUGUCUUUGGGGUGCUCGUUCGUCUCCGAAUGUGGCUAUAGCUUUGACUUUAUGGGCCAUUCAAGCUGUGAAAAAAGAGAUCGUCCCUUCCUUCUCCCUCCUAAUGGAAGAAUUGGCAGCUCCUUACGGCCAACAGAAAUGGGUAGCUCAAGAGCGUUUCAAGGAAAUGCGUAACCUUUUGGUUGCCUGGUCAACCUCUAUCAUAGACGCUGGCCUAACAUUCCCUCUCCUUCCUCUUCCCCCUAAAGGUGUUAUUGGGGAUGGUGUAGCAGGUUAUGGCAGUGAUCAUCGCAGAGGAAUCCCAGAAAUGGACAUGGCCGUCGCCGUUCUUCCGAUCCUAUCUGAUAAUUGGCGCCGUAUACUCAAAGCCCGUUUCAGGACGAGGCGCGAUAUUAUGCCGCUGAGCGAUGAGGUGUAUCUAGCGCGCAAAAUGUUUGUUUUGCGGUGUGAGGCAUAUGCCACUUUGCUCAAUCCGAAGGAUAAUAUACCUCCUCAUCUACGGGCACCUGCUCAAGGGCGCGGCGCAGGAAGAGCGAACCCGGCUAUUAAAAAGUUCAAGGCGUAUGCAGAGCAAGCGCGAAAGGAAAUUGACACUUUUGAGCCGCUUAUUCGAGUUCGCAUAGACCCCAUUGUUGGAUCACUUGAGACACCGGACAAUGCCCACUCGCCGAACCCUCAAGGCAUCGCUAAUCAACGGGAGCAAUCAUUGUCAGUACAGGCUCUCUCAGUUGAGAGUGCUAACUCGCGGGACGGAGAAGUAAACGAAGAUCAGUUUACAACUCUGAUAGAGCCUUCUCCUUCGAAAAGCGGAGAUGUUCAGCGUGCGAUUGCAUCCCCUAUAAAUGAGCUUGAAAUGGAAAGAGAUCAACCUGCACCCCAAACGGAUGAUCGAUCCACAACCCUUGCUCUAGCAACCUCACGCCAAUCCAUUCCUGCCUCUCGCGGUCAGUCUGUCAGCUCCAGUUCCUCCGCCACAGGACGGCUGCAGCGUGUUUACCCUGCACCACUUCUCCGUCCUUCUCCGCCACCUAAUAUAUAUACUGCUUCUCCUACUCCUCUCAUCAAAGUCCCUGAUCCUCGAACCGCUUCGUCUCGUAUGCCGUUCUCACUGGCAGAUUCAUCAGCGAGACAAAACAAUCAAACCGAUGCGUCUGAUGACGCUCAUGUUGGCAUACUAAUCCGAGAGCGAGAUGAGUAUAUCAAAUUCCGAUAUUCUACGUACUUAGAAACAGGCCAUGUGGUCAGCCCGGCCUGCGAAGCUUUCAUGUGGCAAUGGUUGCAUCGACAGGUUGACAAUCACUCUAUGCCGACUAUUAUAACAGCCGAAUACCUUUCAUCUAUUGGGAUCAAGGGCGAUCCUAGACAAAUUGAUUUAGGACUAUGGAUAGAGUCUAAGAAGGGCGUUUGGUCCCCUGUUGAGUGCCUUCUUCGAGCUGGCAUCAAGCCCAAUGAAAUCCCUCAACAACAUGUGCCCCACUCUCUACUCCACCUUAAAUUCCUUUUAAAUAAUUAUCUCGAAUAUCAAUCGGGGACGGGGGUGUUAGCCCCUGUUGGCGAAGGAAUUGACGAUGAUCAGCUGGAAGAGGAAUUGGACCUAUUAUUCGAUAAAGAUGGGGGUGAUUCUUUUGGAACUAUCUUCCUGAGCCCGUCAGAGGUCGAAAAGAGGAAAAAAGAGUACAAAAAGAUGGGAAUAUUUGACGAUGAGGAAGAUAUGGAUGCUUGGCGAAGUGGUCACGUCAUGAGGUCGGUGCAAGCAACAAGUUACCUCGAAGGACAGGAGGAAGAGCAGUCCACGGACGAAGAUUACUUUGCCCCAAUCCCCAUCCCCUCCCCCUCCCGCUCGGGGUCACCUCGACUACAUUCUCCGGUACAUGAAGUAGAAGAUCAGCGCCAUGUUGUUCGACAAGACAUUGAACGUAUCAGGUCAGCCGCGACACGUAAGAACAAAGACGAACUUGAAGCGCUGUUGAAAUCCCUAGGAGAAGGCGAAGACUUGGAUGCAGAGGCAGAGAAGUAUGAGGCAUUGCUGGGGGGGAUCGUUGUCAACGAGGCCGAUAUGGGUCUAGGGUUUGAUGAAGAGGACGAGCAUGAUGAAGAGGAUGAUUGGGGGAAGAAAAAGGGGAAAGGGAAGGGGAAAGACGUAUCUAAUACGGCUAGUAAGAGAAAAAAGUUAGAUGACGAAAAGAGCAGGAAGGAUAAGAAGCGCAAGACAGCUUGAGGAAAAAGUUUGUCUAAUCUAUUCGAAGCAGGGCAGAGGGUUAAAAUCAAGAGAUUAUAAUUGAUUACUGUACUGAUUGCCUUGAAAACAAGCAUGAUGUAUGUUAGGG